AUGCAAGGCGGCGGAGGUGGAGGAAUGGCGGGUGGUGGUGGUGGGAUUGAUCCAAGCAAUCUGCAUUUGAAGAAAGAAUUGACACAAAUUCGGAAGGCGGCUCGGGUGUUAAGGGAUCCUGGCACCACCUCCUCAUGGCGUUCUCCGCUUAGUUCUGUGAGAUCCCUUCAGAACUCUUCCAAGCACCACUAUGCGCACCAUCACAAGAAUGGCUGCCGUGAAUCAAUUGAUGGUAAUGCCAUUGCUUCUUCCUCUGAACAGUUUUCGCAACACCAGUUGCAAAUAGAAAAUAAUAAUACUAGUUAUGAUCGUAUUACUAAUAAUAAUGAUAAUAUGAAUGGGAAAGAGAAAGAAAAGAGGGUGUUUUUGUGUAAUUGGAGGAGUCAAAAAUCUGAGAGCGGAAGGAGUAGGCAGAUUGGGGAGGAUGAUGUUGAGAAUGGUAAGGAUGAAGGGUCAUCUUGGACCCGGGAAGAAAGUGUGGAUGUGGAUAGCUUGAGCGAUGCAAGGAAUGGUGGUGGUGCAAAUGAUUCAAGGAGUGACACUCAUUUGAGUGAUAGAUAUGCUUCAGCUAUUUUUAAGUGUAAAGAUGUGAAUUUUACAUCAUCUAUCAGGCACACAAUUAAGAAAAAGUCAAAGAGGAAGAUUAAUUCUAACUCCAUUUUGAAGCAUCAUAAUGAAAAAUUAAGAAAGCAGAUUUUAAUGAGUAGAGGCACAAAAAAGGCAUUGGAGGAUUUGACCGGUUUGGGUUUAGGGAGGGAUGAAUUGGUAAGUUUAGUUGAUCAGUCUGAUGAUACUGAGGAUUAUUGUAAUUCUGAGGAUUUAAAUAGGGUGUCUGCGAUCUCACCAUUGCUUGCAGGGCUUAAGAAUAAGGGUUGGGUUUAUUCACCGAAGAAGUUGUUGAGGAGUCAUCGGAAAGAGGAUGAUUCUAUUUCGUACAGUACCCCCGCAUUGUCAACCUGUUCUUAUAAUAAAUAUGGCAUUAGGAAUCCGAGCACUGUUGAGUCUUGGGAUGCCACCACAGCAUCUUUCAAUGAUGCAGACGAUGAGGCAAUUGAUCAGUUGGAUAUGCCGGGGCGACAGGGAUGUGGGAUUCCUUGUUAUUGGUCAAAAAGGUCAACACCAAAAUCUAGGGGUGGAUAUGGGUGCUGUUAUUCACCAUCUCUUUCCGACACUUUGAGGAGGAAAGGAAGCAGUAUUUUCUGUGGAAGUCAAACUAUGUACCGAAGAAGGCAUCGUCAUUCAUCUUUGGGGUCGAACAAGAGGAGACUCAGUUCAAGAGCUGCCUCUCAAGGUAUUGUUCCUUUGCUUACCAACAGUGGUGAAGGCCAAGGAGGAUCAUCUAUGGGAAGUGGGAACAGCAAUGACGAGCUUUCUACAAAUUUUGGAGAGCUUGAUUUGGAGGCUUUGAGUCGGUUGGAUGGAAGGAGGUGGUCUUCAAGCUGUAGGAGUCAAGAAGGUUUAGAGCUAGUAGCUCUGAAUGGGAAAGUAAAUGAUGAAAGUUCUCCAGAAAAUCUGAGAAGCUUAAGCCAGAAAUAUAGGCCAAUAUAUUUUGAGGAAAUGAUUGGGCAGAAUAUAGUCAUUCAAUCCCUCCAGAGUGCAAUUUCAAGGGGAAGGAUUUCCCCUGUUUAUCUUUUCCAAGGUCCCCGUGGGACUGGAAAAACUUCAACUGCAAGAAUUUUUGCUGCUGCUUUGACUUGUCUUGCCACUGAAGAGACUAAGCCCUGUGGGGUAUGCAGUGAGUGUGCUGAUUUCAUAUCUGGCAAGAAUGGGUUUCUUAGAGAAGUUGAUGGAUCCAAUAAGAAGGGAAUUGAUGAAGUUAAAAUGCUUUUGAGGAACCUCUCAGUGCUUCGCCCAUCGGCUGUUUCACAGUAUAAGGUUUUUGUUGUUGAUGAAUGUCAUUUAUUGCCCUCGACAGUGUGGCUGGCAUUUCUUAGAUUUCUUGAGAAACCACUGCCACGUGUCAUUUUCAUACUCAUAACAGCUGAUAUUGAUAAUGUGCCCCGUACUAUACUGUCCCGGUGUCAGAAGCUCCUGUUCAACAAAAUUAGAGAUGGUGACAUUGUUACCCGGCUGAGAAAAAUUGCUGCUGAUGAGAACUUAGAAGUUGAAUCAGAUGCACUAGAUUUGAUUGCUUCUAAUGCUUAUGGUUCACUCCGAGAUGCAGAAACCAUGUUAGACCAGUUGAGUUUAUUGGGGAAAAGUAUCACAACUUCCUUGGUGAAUGAGCUGAUCGGGGUAGUUUCUGAUGAAAAAUUACUGGACCUUUUGGAAUUGGCCAUGUCAUCAAACACUAAAGAAACAGUGAAAAGAGCCAGAGAGUUGAUGGAUUCAGGGGUUGAUCCAAUUGUUUUAAUGUCUCAAAUGGCGACCCUUAUUGUAGAUAUUAUUGCUGGAACUUACCCCAACAUCGAUGCCAAGAACAAUGAUUCUUUCUUUGGAGGGAGAAGUUUGUCUGAAAGAGAAUUAGAUAGAUUGAAACAUGCACUUGCGCUUCUUUCUGAGGCGGAAAAACAUCUGAGAGUUUCAAGCGAACGAUCAACAUGGUUUACGGCAACCCUAUUACAGUUGGGCUCUGUUCCUUCACCCGAUCGUACUCAUUCAGGAAGUAGUCGAAGACAGAGUUCCAGGACAACCGAUGACUAUGCAAUUUCGUUUAGAGAAACUACUGCACUGAACUGUAGAUCGGAUUCUCAGUUGGCACAUAAAAAAUCAGGGUCUCCCACAUCGUUUCUAAAAGCUGCUCGGUCAGAUGUAAUGAGCAAAGAGGAUCCACUUCUGCUGACUGAUGCUGCCGGUUUCAAUUCCAAUCUCAAUCCCAAUCCCAAUCAAAGCCAAUUAAUCAAUGAGGAAUCAUUGAAACCUACAUCAAGAUGCAUGGACUCGAAUGUUUUGACUGAUAUCUGGUUGCAAUGCAUUGAGAAGUGCCAUUCCAAGACUCUGAGACAACUGCUUCACUCAUACGGACAGCUCAUGUCAAUAUCUGAAGUCAAGGGUGGUUUUAUUGCUUACAUUGCAUUUGUGGAUAAUAAUAUUAAAACAAGAGCAGAAGGAUUUCUUAGCAGCAUCACAAACUCGUUUGAAAUAGUUUUACGACGAAAUGUGGAGGUCAAGAUCAUCAUGUUACCAGAUUCUUUUGGUCAGAAGCAGAUGGGCACAACCAUUAUCAUGAACCAGGAAAACAAAUCAGUAUGCUUGAAUAAAAUUGAAGGUGAUAUUGAUCUUGAUUCACGUCGGGAGCCUUCGAAGGUAUCAAGAGGAAGCUUUAAUAAGUCUGAAGAUCAUAUGACUGGAGCCUCUGCUGCUCAAAGUGGUGAACUUAGCAAUUCGAAAAUGAACAAGUCAGAAAUUCCGGAGCAGAGAAUUGAGUCUAUAAUACGUGAGCAAAGAUUAGAAACUGCAUGGUUACAGGCUAUGGAGAAAGGCACUCCUGGAUCAUUGAAUCGUUUAAAACCUGAAAAGAAUCAAGUCCUGCCUCAGGAUGGCAUAGACCAUCAAAAUGAAAUGGAAUCAUUAAAGAGGCAAUGGCACCCCAGAAGGAUCACACUGUUAAGAGGAACGAUGAUUAUCCCAUCUCUCCAAGCUUGUUGCAUAACAGUAGCUUUGCGAGCAAUUUCAACGAACAUAAUAUUGGAUAUGAAUCAGGAUCAGGAGCAGGUGGCUGCAGUGGGUUCUUCUGUUGGAAUAACACGAGACCUCCCAGAAGUGGAAAGGUUAAACAAGGCUCCCCCAUCGGGGUGCACAGAAGUGGACGUAUUUCGUGGUUUGGAGAAUGUGCAAAAUCAAGAGCUGGCAACAGAUUCAGAAGAUGAUAGAGAAGGUUAUGGUUCUGCAUUUCUUCAGAUCCAGCCAUUUAUGGGAUCAAUACAAGUGAAAUGA